CUCUCCCCCUCCUCUCUCUCAGUCCGUCUCUGGCUCAUUAGAGAUCAUGUCAGGAUGGGAGGAUGAAGAUGAUGAUGGCUCUCCGGGUUUCUCUCAGCGUCGCUUCUUCAUCAUCAUCAUCAUCACUGAAGACUGAAAGAGGAUGAAGAGGAAUGAAUGAACGCGCUGUCUGGCUCAGAAUCUUCCAUUAGUCCCGAUGGAGCCGGAUGUGGAGAGCACCGUGACGGUCCGACAGCACAAGCGGCCCAAGCGGGGCGAGCCCAAGCCGGAGCGGGACCGGGAGCGAGCCGAGGCCCAGCGCUACGUGCGCAAGGACGGCAAGUGCAACGUGCACCACGGGAACGUGCGCGAGACCUACCGCUACCUGACGGACAUCUUCACCACGCUAGUGGACCUCAAGUGGAGGUUCAACCUGUUCAUCUUCGUGCUGGUGUACACCGUGACCUGGCUGUUCUUCGGCUUCAUGUGGUGGCUGAUCGCGUACAUACGCGGAGACCUGGAGCACAUCGGGGACAACCAGUGGACGCCGUGCGUUAAUAACCUCAACGGCUUCGUGUCGGCGUUCCUCUUCUCCAUCGAGACGGAGACCACCAUCGGCUACGGCUACCGAGUGAUCACCGAUCAGUGUCCCGAGGGGAUCUUGCUCCUGCUGGUGCAGUCGGUGCUCGGCUCCAUCGUCAACGCCUUCAUGGUGGGCUGCAUGUUCGUGAAGAUCUCGCAGCCGAAGAAGCGCGCCGAGACGCUAGUGUUCUCCACGCACGCCGUGAUCUCCAUCCGCGACGGCCGGCUCUGCCUGAUGUUCCGCGUCGGAGACCUGCGAAACUCGCACAUCGUGGAGGCGUCCAUCCGAGCCAAGCUCAUCAAGUCCAAGCAGACCAAAGAGGGCGAGUUCAUCCCUCUCAACCAGACGGACAUGAACGUGGGCUACGACACGGGAGACGACCGGCUGUUCCUGGUGUCCCCGCUCAUCAUCUGCCACGAGAUCAACCAGCACAGCCCGUUCUGGGACAUCUCCAAACAGCACCUGGCCCACGAGGAGCUGGAGAUCGUGGUGAUCCUGGAGGGCAUGGUGGAGGCCACAGGAAUGACGUGUCAGGCGCGCAGCUCGUACGUGUCGAGUGAGAUAAAGUGGGGCUAUCGCUUCACGCCGGUCCUGACGCUGGAGGACGGCUUCUACGAGGUGGACUACAACAGUUUCCACGAGAUCUACGAGACCAGCACUCCCAGCUGCAGCGCGCGCGAGCUAGCGGAGAUGACCGCGCGCUCCCGCCUGCCGCUCAGCUGGUCCGUCGCUAGCAAACUGAGCCAGCUCGACGAGCCCAGCGAGAGGAACGGGGACCUGGCCAACAUGGAGAACGAGUCGAAAGUGUAGGAGCACACGGGCAUCUCUCCUCGCCUCUGAGCGCAGGACGUUUGGCUGAGGUCAGAGGUCAGAG